AAAAUUCAUUGCUGUUCCUGGUGAAAUUGCAACAUAUUGGAAAGCACAUCAAAGAUAUGGAAAAUUACAAUGGAAACGAUUAUUCGAACCAUCGAUAGACCUCCUAGAAAAUGGAUUCCACGUUUCACAUGCCGUAGAACGUGCAAUGAAGCGCGUAAUGGCUGCUACUAAUAGUGUCUGCGAAAUACGGGGAAUUGGUGAAAUAUUCUGUGAUAAGACGGGGCAAAUUUUACCAGAAGGAAGCUUUGUUCAAUGGCCCAAAUUAGCAGAAACUUACAAACAGCUAGCAGAUGUAGGUCCUGAUUACAUGUAUAAGGGCAAGGUCGCAGAAACUAUGGCACAGGAAAUCAAGAAUUUAGGUGGAAUAUUUCAAAAAGAAGAUUUUGAAUCCUAUUCCGUGAAAGAAAGUUCUGGAAUACAGAUUGACCUAGGAGAUAUGAUACUGCUCACCCAUGGCGCUCCAAGCGGAGGACCUGUUAUGGGUCUUACAAUGAAAAUUCUUGAAGGCAUGGGAAUCAACGCAGACAGUUUGAAAGAUACACCCUCAAAAGCGUUAGCAUUUCAUAAAAUGAUCGAAGCAAUCAAAUUGGCAUAUGGGGAAAGAUUUAAGCUUGGAGAUGAAGAUUUUGUAGAUGGAGUGAAAGAGCUUGUAGAAAGGAUGAUAUCUGAAGAAUUCGCUGCAUAUUUACGUGGAAAAAUAGAUCUUACCAAAACUCAUGAUAUAGAAUAUUAUGCAAAUGCGACUGAGGCAGCACAUGACCAAGGCACUGCGCAUGUCAGCGUCUUAAGUCCGGAAGGGGAUGCUGUAUCCGUAACGAGCACAGUUAAUACAUAUUUCGGAUCUUUAACGGUUUCGGAGACCACUGGAAUAAUAUGGAACAACGAGAUGGCGGAUUUCUCCUUGUUUGAUGAUAGCAAUCUCUUCGGUCUGAAGGCAACAGUUCCAAAUAAAGUACAAGCAGGAAAAAGGCCUUUGUCAUCCAUGGCACCAGCCAUUUUUGUUGACAAGAAAACCGGAAGUGUAAAAAUGAUUAUCGGCAAUGCAGGAGGAUCUCGAAUAACAACAACAAAUAUACAGGUAGCCGUUAGAAAUUUAUGGAUGGGGCAGGACAUAGAUGAUGCAGUCCGGGAAAAGAGAUUACAUCAUCAACUUGACCCUAAUUAUCUAGUCUACGAGUUUGGAUAUCCACAGGACAUUUUAGAAGAAUUGAAGAAGUAUGGUCACGAGUUGAAGAUACAAGAAACUUACAUGUCGGUUGUUCAAGCUGUAUCGAGAAACAUGCGCACAGGGGAGAUAAAUGGGUUUUCCGAUGAAAGAAAAUUUCCAGGAAAAGCAAUGUUUUAUACUACCGAAGAAGAUGUUUUUACGUGAUACUGGUUGCACUUAAAGUAAAUUGCACAAUGCUUAAAACGAUACCAUAAUGUAAAGAUAAUCGUUAGUCCCAGAAUUAUAAAGUGUUUCUAGGAACUGUUGAAUUCAGGGACGUGAAAUGAAGGUGCCAUGAGUUAAGUUUGUAAUGAAAUUGCAUUAUUUUGAUAAAAGUUGUUGUAAAUUGUCACAGUUGAUGUAAAAAUGUAUAUGAACUUGAAAAGUAAACAAAAGAUAAUUA